AUGACACCAGUUAUCACAGCAUUUUUAUCGUUUGCAUUUCUUUGUUUUGCAUCUUGGUGUGUUGGUGAAGGUGGUGAAAUCCUUGGUAAGAAAUAUGAUGCCUCAAUUAUUGGUGGUCUAAUUAUAGCUUGGUUAAAUACAGCACCAGAAGCAAUUUUCUUUAUAACAGCAUUAACAAGUGAUAAUACAAGAUUUGCAGUUGGAGCAGUUAGUGGUAGUAGUAUUGUAGUUUGUACAGUAGCGUUGGGAUGUUGUAUAGUUUUAGGUACAAGAAAUAGAAAAGGUGGAUCAUUUCAAUUACAACCACCAGUUAAAAAGCAAUGUUUAAUUUUACUAUUAUCAUUAUUGAUACCAUUAUUCUUAUCAUUGGUUGGAUAUAAUGUUUUCUUUGGUAUUUUCGGAAUAAUCUAUUAUUUAAUAUUCAUUGGAUAUUCAUUAUUUCAUAAAUUACCAGAAGACGAGAAAAAAGAAGAUCGUGAUAUUGAAAUGGGUGAAAGAAAGAAUGGUGCAAAUGAACAAACGACAGCAUCAACAACAGCAUCAUCAACAGAAUCCGACGACGAAGACACCGAUGAAGAAGAUGAACAUGACGAACCAUUAUAUAAAGGUGUAUUUUAUUUAUUUUUAGGUGGUCUUUUAAUUUGUUACUUUAGUAAACCAUUCAUUGACUCAAUUGUAUCAUUAGCAUCAUCUUGGGAAAUUAAUCCAAUCUUAUUAGCAUUCUUUUUAGCUCCAAUUGCUUCAGAAAUGCCUGAAAUCUUAGAAUCAAUUUCAUUAUCAAGAAAAGGUCAUUCUCAAAGUAUUAAUAUAGCUUUUUCAAAUUUAAUUGGUGGUACAAUAACCAAAACAACUUUAUUAAUGGGUAUUUUCUGUUUCUUUGGAGUUGUUAAAGGAUUUGAAUGGGAAUCACCUACAUAUUCAUUAUGCUUGAUAUUAUUGACAAUUUGUGCAGCUGCAGCAUCUGGUAUUGGUUAUUUUGUGAACAAGAUAAAACAACAACAUGGUUUAAUGUUAUUCGCUAUUUUCUUAUUAGCUGGAAUAAUACAAUAUAAAUAUAAUAUAAACAUUGAUGAAGGUGAUAUACCUGUUAUUGACCCAAUUGCUUAA